AUGUCCGAGACCCCAACUGUCACCACGCCCCUCCUGCCCCGGCGAUCCGGCUGCACCCCGGACGCGGAUCCGGAGCGGGACCCACAACCCCGGGACCGCCCGGUCGAUCCGCCCCCUCCGCCGCCCUUCAACAAGCUGCAGCACGUUGCCAUCUGUGCCUUUUCCGCGUUGCAUAUACUACGCGGGUUCGUCUUCAUCGCGUUCCCGGCCGUGCUAAUCGGCAUGUCCGCGAGCGGCAACAACCGCCACGGCCAAGAACCCACGAAGGCGCAUUCGCAGACGGACCAUCACCACUACUACUACCAUCUCCUCACGGCACUACUGGGCACACGCGACAUUAUCCUCGGAGGGCUGCUCGCGGCCGCGGACCGCCGCCGUCGCGCCCCCGGAGUGCACCGCGCUCUGGCCGCCAACCUGCUCAGCGACGCGGCCGACACCUUCGUGCUCAUCUUCUUCGCGGCGUGCGCCUCGGCCGGGCAGCAGCCCCGCCGGUGGCGGCCCGGCAGCCCCGUCGCCGAGAUCACGGCCGUGGCCGUCUUGGCGACGCUCGAGCACGUCACGCUGUGGAGCAUGAGCGCGGAGACGGGCACCAGGUCAGGCUUCAGGAGCUCCGGCGGCGGAUCCGGCUUCGAGAAGCUGAGGGUGUCGCCGACGUCGGCGUAUGAGGCGCGGAUGCAGGCGGACGAGGACAAGAAGCGGAGGAUGGACAUGUGGCUGUCGGACAUGAGGCGGGCAGAAGAGAUGCGGCAGCCCUCUCCCCUACCUCAGAUGCAGCCGCAGCCGCAAAAGUAG